UCAAGAAAAGUCUAAAGAUUCAACAUCUUGAAAGAGUGUGUGACGAGAAAGAGGUAAUGAAAGCAAAUAUGUUGGAGAAACCAAACCUGCAUGAAUUGGUGCUUCAAUGGGAUGAGGUUGAUUUCAGCGAAAGAAAUGAUGAGAGUGUGUUGGAAGGUCUUAGACCUCAUGCAAAUUUGAAGAAGUUGACCAUUGAUGGAUACAGAGGAAAAAGAUUUCCAACAUGGUUACAGGGUGAAGGCUCUAUCUUACCACUUCAUAACUUGAUUAAGUUAAAUCUCACUGGAUGCUCGGAAUGCGAGGAAAUAACAUUGUACCAUUUGCCAAAUUUAAGAUCGUUCUUUAUAAGGGAAUUAAAGAGUUUGAAAUGUUUGCCAAAGAGGUUUUUCUAUAACCAUUGCAAUCUCUCAUACUUGGACAUUUAUGAUUGUGAUAUGUUGGAAGCAUUACCAGAUGGGCUGGAUACCUUGAAUUCUUUGGAGGUGUUGAGUAUAGAAAGGUGUAAAAAUCUGAAGUCGAUAGGGAAUCCAAGCUGCGGAGGAGAAGGAGAAAAUCAAGGAAACCUCCGCGAGCUGAGCAUUAGAGACUGCGGAGAACUGAUGGAAUUGCCCCGUCAAAUGCUAGAGUUGUGGGCACCUACAAUUGAGGUUCUUGAAUUGGAAGGAUUAAGGAGCCUAACAAAUCUACCAAUGCUAAUUGACUGCCUCGCUAAAUCAUCUCAUCUGAGAACUUUGGAAAUCAGAGGCAUUCCUAAAUUGAUGUCUGCUGGUAGUGUCGAGAGUUGGGAUUUAGGUAGCUUGAAGUGGUUAGAGAUAGAUGUGCAUGAGGAGUGGCCAAAAGAGACAAGUGUUGCCAUUAAUGAGACUGUGAAUGGCAUAUUGGAAGGCUGUUGCAACUCACUUGAGAGAUUAACAUUGAGAAGGGUGGACAUUUGGGAGUGGCUGCCUCAAUCAAUUAACCGUCUCACUUCUCUUUGGGAUUUAAAGUUAGAGAAUAUAGGGAUAGAAGAAUUGAGAGUGGAAAAUUGGGAGUGGCUGCCUCAAUCAAUUCAACGUCUCACUUCUCUUUCUUGGUUGAAGUUAGAAAAUAUAGGGAUAGAAGAAUUGCCGCAAUGGUUGGGAAACCUCUCAGCUCUAGAGACGUUACGUCUAGAUGGCUGCACAAAGUUGAGGUGCCUGCCCUCUAUGGAUGCUUUGAAGCACCUCACUAAAUUUGGGUGGUUAUAUAUUAAUAACUGUCCAAAGCUAAGUAUUGAUUCGGAGUGGCGCAACCACCAUCCCAAGCUCAUAAUCAGGUGAUGGCCGUGGUAUUUGAAUCUCAUAGCAACCAAGACAAUUGAUGCUCCCCAAACAGAGGUUGUUGAUUCAAUGUCAAAAGUAUUUCCAGUUCUUACAAUUGGACCCACAGUCCCAUCUUUCUACUUGGACAAACGAGUUGCAAACGACAAGACUUACGACAUCAACCUCUUCCAAUCCGAACCCUCAACACCAAUCACCAACUGGCUCAACACAAAACCUCAAGGAUCAGUUGUAUACGUUGCAUUCGGCAGCAUGGCCACUCUCCCCGAAGAACAAAUGGAGGAGCUAGCAUGGGGCCUACUAAACACGAACAUCGACUUUCUAUGGGUUGUCAGGGAAGAGAAGCUCCCGGGAGAUUUCCUCCGUGCAUCGGCUGACAAGGCCAUGAUCGUGCAGUGGAGUCCUCAACUGGAGGUGCUGUCCAACAAGGCGGUCGGGUGCUUCUUCUCGCACGGGGGUUGGAAUUCCACGACAGAGGCGCUGAGCUUGGGGGUCCCGAUGGUGGUCAUGCCACAGUGGACGGAUCAGACGACGGAUGCUAAGUUCGUGCAGGAUGUAUGGGGCGUGGGCGUUCGGGUUACGGUUGGCGGGGAUGGUGUCGUGCGGAGAGAGGAGAUCGAGGGGUGUGUGAGGGAGGUGAUGGAGGGGGAGAGGGGGAAGGAGAUGAAGAGAAAUGCUCGUAAAUGGAGUGAUUUGGCUAAGGAGGCGAUGAGUGAGGGUGGCACUUCGGAUGUAAAUAUUGAUGCAUUUAUGUCUAAUUUGAUCGCAAGUUCUUAAUAUAACCCUUGCAAUUGAUCAGUUGUUCAUUGUUACUCUCUUGAAUGGUUUUAUUGAUUUCGAAGAGAAGUUUCAGUUCCUCCCAUUUGACACCCGGUCAGAGGGCUUGUUGCGGUGCUGCAUUCGCCCUCGGAGGUGUUGAAAGUGGUUGGGUGAUUUGGUGGAAAAGGAGGGGAAGAUUUGGACAUGGUUGACGGUGAUGGACUUACUAUUAACUGAAAUUUUCCACUUUGUGUUGUUCAUAUGUAUCGUUACUUGACUUUGAUUAUAUAGU